CAUCAAAUCCGUGUAGCAUGACCAUUGUUAAUGACUCUUGUGAUACUGAGGUGACCAGAGUAACUGAAGAGGCCAUAGUAAAUGAGGGAUAUAGUGAAGAUGACAACAGCAAUUACUCCCAAGACAUAUUUACUGUGGAGUGGGCAGUGAGAAGUACACCUGUAUCAACACCUCUGAUAUCACCACAAUCACCUCUAAGUGAGCAUUAUGCUUCAGCAAGGAAGAGGUGUAGGAGGGACAAUGAGGAUGAACUCGCCACAUCAGCAUUGUCAGUUUUAAGAGACAUUCAAGUUUCAAUUAUUGGCGGCAGUGAAGAUAAGUUUUGGCAGUAGUUGCUGCUGAAUUGAAAAAAAAAUGAAACAUCUAGCAAUGAAGGCUGAAGUAAAAUUGAAUGUGAUUAACUCUA